CCCGCGCGCGCCGCCGCACAUGUGCAGUCGGGCGCCUCCGCAGCAGCGCGGCGGCUGUGGUGCGGGGGGUGCUCCCGCUCCGCGCUCCGGGUCCCUGUCUGGGGGCGGCGGCGGGGGAUGGAGCCGGCUCUCUCUGCCUUCGGCCGCUCAGAAAAUAGCAUCAUUGUCUCUGUGCCCUGCAGCCGUCGAGAUUUUAAGAGGACUGAUUUCUAGUUUUUGGUAACAUGGCAAAAGAUGCUGGACUAAUUGAAGCCAAUGGAGAGCUUAAGGUGUUUAUAGACCAAAACCUAAGUCCUGGAAAAGGGGUUGUUUCUCUAUUGGCUGUUCAUCCUUCUACAGUAAAUACGCUUGGAAAACAGCUCCUGCCAAAAACAUUUGGACAGUCCAACGUCAACAUUGCACAACAAGUGGUUAUCGGUACACCUCAGAGACCUUCAGCGCAAAAUACUAUCCUGGUAGGAAGUCCACAUACACCUAACACACAUUUUGUAUCACAGAACCAGACUGCAGAUUCUUCGCCGUGGUCUGCUGGGAAGCGGAACAAAAAAGGAGAGAAGAAUGGCAAGGGUUUACGUCAUUUCUCUAUGAAGGUUUGUGAGAAGGUACAAAGAAAAGGAACCACCUCAUACAAUGAGGUGGCAGACGAGUUGGUUGCAGAAUUCAGUACCACUGAUAAUCACAUUUCACCAAAUGAAUCACAGGCUUAUGACCAGAAGAAUAUUAGACGACGUGUCUAUGAUGCCUUAAAUGUCCUUAUGGCCAUGAACAUUAUCUCUAAGGAGAAGAAGGAAAUUAAAUGGAUUGGUCUACCUACUAACUCGGCUCAGGAAUGUCAGAAUUUAGAGGUGGAGAAACAGAAAAGACUUGAAAGAAUAAAGCAAAAACAGUCUCAACUACAAGAACUCAUUCUACAGCAAAUUGCCUUCAAGAACCUCGUUCAGCGAAACCGUCAAGCAGAACAACAGGCAAAUCGACCGCCACCUUCCAAUUCUGUCAUCCAUUUGCCAUUUAUCAUUGUGAACACCAGCAAGAAAACAGUGAUUGACUGCAGUAUUUCAAAUGACAAGUUUGAAUAUCUAUUUAAUUUUGACAAUACUUUUGAAAUUCAUGAUGAUAUAGAAGUACUAAAACGAAUGGGAAUGGCUUGUGGGCUAGAAUCUGGAAGUUGUUCAGCAGAGGACCUAAAAAUUGCAAGGAGUUUGGUUCCUAAAGCUCUGGAACCAUAUGUGACAGAAAUGGCUCAGGGAUCAAUCAGCAGUGUAUAUGUCACAUCUUCAUCAGGUUCUGCAUCAAAUGGCACAAGAUUUUCAGCCAGUGACUUUUCCAAUGGUGGAGAUGGGAUGUUGGCUACAAGUUCCAAUGGAUCUCAGUACAGUGGCUCCAGAGUUGAAACACCAGUUUCUUAUGUUGGGGAUGACGAUGACGACGACGACGAUUUUAAUGAAAAUGACGAUGACGACUGAUGCCCUUUGCUUGUAGACUAUUUUUUUGUUAAAAUUCAGCAAGCUUCAGGAAUAAAUUGUACUAGGGAGAAGUGUCUCAAAUUACUUUGCCCCAUCCCUCAAGAAGAAUAUUGGUAAGCAGUUCUGAGUUUAGAAAUUGCACCUCUGAUAAGCAAACAAGGAUUGUUUUAUGUAGGAUAUUUUUAAAUGUGGUGUGGAUGUGUGUUUUUGAUACCAGUGUGUUAAUGCAGAGCCUUUAUUUACUCUUGUUUUAGGGGUUUUUGGUUUGUUGGUUGUUUUUUGUUUGGUUGGGUUUUUUUUACUUGAAGGAAAAUGGAUUUUGCCCCAAAUGUUCUUGCGAAGUUUGCUAAAGAAAAUGUAGACACAUCAUUGAGAAAUAAAAUACUAUCCUUCUGUGGAAAAUGAA